UGCCACACAGCCGCGCACUGCAGAGGAGCGAGCAGGACACAAACACCAUCGCUGAGGAAUAUGUCAGCCUUCUCACGCACUGACGGACGCUUAAACCACCGGCGCAGCGCAGUCAAUGCAUAUCCACUGCCUCCGCUUUAGUUCCGCAGACAUACAUCGCCCUGUUUCACACUUAUGCUCUUCUGAAACCUUCCCUGCUGCUGCUGCUUCUGGUCCAUCCCUGUCCCCUCCUUCCCUCUCUCUCCUCCUCCUCCUCCUCCCCUCGCUCACCGCCGUCCCGUCGCCAGGAUGGACAAGACGCUCUGCAGUCCGCAUCCCGGGGCCAACAAAACCAACUCUCCCUCCACGGACCGCGGGAACUCGUCGGCGCGGAAGCCCGGCGGCCGGAGCGGGUCGCACAGCCCCGGCUCCGGCUCCCUGGGCGGCCUGACCGGAGCGGGAGGCAGCCGGGGAGCUGUGCUGGGGAACAGCAUGAAUUUGCAGCAGCAGCAGCAGGCGCGCAAGAGGCAGCUGGAAGGAGUGCUGAGCAAAUACACCAACCUGAUCCAAGGCUGGCAGAACAGGUACUUUGUGUUAGAUCCAGAGUUGGGACAGCUGCAGUACUUUGUCAACGAGCAGGGAAAAAACCAGAAGCCCCGUGGGUCCCUGCCCCUGAUUGGUGCCUCUGUAACCCCGAGCGACGAGGCUCCACACAUGUUCAUUGUAAACUCUGUCAAUGGAGAGCUGUACAAACUCAGAGCCUCAGACGCCAAAGAGCAGCAGUUCUGGAUCAGUCAGCUCCAAGCGUGUGCCAGACGUCACUCUGACAGCAGUGCCAAGGUGAGGAAGCUUAAGGGCUCAGAUGAACACCUGAGUGUGGAAAGAGCAGGAGGAGGCCAGGAGGUGCUGGGCUCCUCAUCCUCUGGUCGGACCCGUAGCUUCUCCCUUCUCCCCCACCUAACCCCAUCUUCAUCCCCGGGUUCCCAGAGGCACCUGGGCCUCACGCCCACACCCAGCAACAUCGUCACCAUAACCCACCACAAAUCUCCGGCUGCAGCUCGGCGGGCCAAGAGUCAGUACCCAGGUCGGCUGCUGGAGGUCAAAGAGGUGAUGUCCCAAGCAGAGGGCCAACAGAAGAACCUGGUCCAGUCCAUUGACUCUCUGCCCACCAAAGGUCCCCUGUCCUGCCUGGACCAGGACCUGCUGCUGCUCAAAGCCACGUCAGCAGCCACACUUAGCUGCCUGGGAGAGUGCCUAAACAUCCUCCAACAGACGCAGAGCCACAACCAGGUGCCAUCUCAGUCCCAGGCCUUCCAGCGCAACCACGCCGCCCAUGGAGCUCCCUCCGAUGGUGUUCCUGUGUGGACUGUACCAAAGUCGCCCUCAGGGGAGCAGUUGAAGAACGGAGGUCUGACUCCUCUACGAUCAGCCGAGCCCUCCCCGGCCCUCAGGAUAAGGAGUCUGUCCCAGGGUGCUGAGCACCACCCAGGGCUAGAAGACAUCAGCCCAAAUGAAGAGAUGACAGAUACAGAAGACAAUGAGGAGGAGGACCUGGGCGUCCUGGACGACCAGCGGAGCAUCAUUCUCCACCUUCUGUCCCAGCUCAAACUGGGCAUGGACCUCACACGGGUGGUGUUGCCUACUUUCAUUUUGGAAAAGCGAUCACUGCUGGAGAUGUACGCCAACUUCAUGGCCCACCCUGAUAUGUUCCUGUCAAUCACAGCUGGGGCCACAGCUGAGGACCGAAUAGUCCGCUUCGUGGAGUACUACCUGACCGCCUUCCACGAGGGGCGCAAGGGAGCUGUGGCCAAGAAGCCCUACAACCCCGUGCUGGGGGAGACCUUCCACUGUUCCUGGGAAGUGCCUCGGGACAAAGUCAAGCCUUUGGUUAGAUCGAACCAGGGGCCGGCUCGGGAGCCAAGCAGGAGCCCCAACAACACACAGCAGGGUGAUGAUUCACCGGGAGGCUGCUACACAGUCCGAUUUGUGGCCGAGCAGGUGUCCCACCAUCCACCAGUGUCAGGGUUUUACUGUGAGUGCCGGGAGAGGCGGAUGUGCGUCAACGCCCACGUAUGGACCAAGAGCAAGUUCAUGGGCAUGUCUAUAGGAGUGUCCAUGGUGGGAGAAGGCGUCCUUUGUCUCCUGGAGCACGACGAAGAGUAUGUGUUCACGUUGCCCUGUGCCUACGCCCGCUCCAUCCUCACCGUGCCCUGGGUGGAGCUGGGGGGAAAAGUCUCCAUCAACUGUGUCAAGAGCGGCUACUCGGCCACCGUCACCUUUCACACCAAGCCUUUCUAUGGAGGGAAGGUACACAGAGUGACGGCAGAGGUCAAACACAACCCGACCAACACCAUCGUGUGUAAAGCGCAGGGUGAGUGGAAUGGCACUCUAGAGUUCACCUACAGUAGCGGGGAAACCAAAGUGAUCGACACGGCCAAACUUCCAGUCACCAGGAAGAAGCUGCGACCUGUGGAGAAACAGGGGAGGACAGAAUCCAGGAGGUUAUGGCAACAUGUCACCAAGUCGCUGAAGGAAGGGAACAUCGACGAGGCCACGGAGCACAAACACAGGCUGGAGGAGAGACAGAGAGGGGAGGAGAGGCAGAGAGCAGCUGAUAACAAACCCUGGACACCAAAAUACUUCACUAAAGAGGGAGAUGGUUGGAUCUACAACAGCCCACUGUGGAAGUCAACCUGACAGCAGAGCAACACUCUCUUCUUCUUCACGGACGACAACAACCAAGAUCCUGCCUCCACACACUGAGGAUGGAGGCCAGAAGGUCGAACGGAGGGAGCAGCGUCUUCCACAGACCUUUAUACCUGAGCUGUAGACUGUCAGAGAGACACCAUGGAGACACAAACAGGAAACAAGCAAGGUGCCAAAGGGAUCUCCACUGUUAUAACCAAGAAGGGGUUUGGAGCUCUUGGGACAUAAAUACAUUUUUAUAUACAGUUAAUAGUAUUACUAUUCAAAGUAGAGUAUUUCUAUUUUUCACCUUGCCAAGGCCUUUUUUGCACAUGCACAGUAAUGAAGAUUGCCACUGGUGUUUUACUUUUUUUUUUUUUUUUUAAAUGAUCAAUAUGUUUUCUCAGAUAUUGUCAAUGUUUGGUUCUAAGCUUUUAGUUUGUCAUGCAGCGUUAGAAUGAAUUGAUGGAUGUUCCCUUGUAACACAUAAUACUGUAGCUGUACAUGAGUUGUCUGUUUAUAAAGCACUUUUACCAUAGAAAUAAAUUUACAAUUUUAUAUCUAUGGCUUUUACCAAUCAGGGUGGUCUCUAAGAGCUUUAUGGGAAGCAAGAGCGCCUAAACAGAUUUGAAUUGAGAGGUAAAAUGACCAAAUGUACUACAUUAGAUUAUAUGUUAGUAUUUAUUAUACAGUACAAUACAGUGAGCUACUAGGAAGUAAAUGGUCCUGAUUGUUUUGUCUGCUCUAUGAAUGUAUCUGGACACAUUUUAAUAGUAAGUAUGCUACUUUCCCGUCUUGUACUGUGCAGCACUACACUCUUUGUUUUACCUUGUGUAUUUUGCCAUGUCGCUCCAUUUACAGUAUUUCGCCCCUCUGAGUGAGACGCCUCUGCAUAACAGACGCUUUCCAUUACUACCUCUCUCAUUCAGCCAUUCUAGCCAUUAGCCACUUUUUUUCCUGCAAGAGAAAACACUAGUUUGUUUGUGGCAAAAUGUUCCUGGGCGUCUUCUAAUCUUUUCUGUAUCUGUGCCCUUACAGUGGCACUUGUGUAAUUAGGCAGCCUGCUGCACACCCAGUUCAUGCUUCUCCUUAGGUCGCCCGUGGUGAUGAAUAUGGAUGAGGAGGCUUGCAGAAACACACGAGCAUGUUCUCACAUCUGGGAGCCGCUGGAAGGUUGCCUCUGUGAAGAUGAGAGGAUAAUCUACUGGAAUAACAAUCACAGGGAAGUGGGGUAACCAGCCUGUCGGAUAGAAAAAGGAAAUGCAAUGGGUCAUACAGCUUUAGUACUCACAUUUUUCACAGUGCAUAUUUGACACGAUGUUGUCACUCCUCACUGCUUGCCGUUUCAGUUGUUCCUUCCAAUCUAAUUUUCAGAUGUAUUGUAGUGUUGGUAUUUUUAGCCAGAUGAAUUUACCAGAUGCCAAUUUGUAGCCUAACCCAUGACAGAGCAGGACAUGUUAUAUUACAUUAUAUUAUAUUGCAGUGCAGAAUAAACCUGCAACCCCUGAGAAAACCUGUCACCUUCUUCCAACCACUGUUUUAUGACACUCGCCUUACAUGAGACUAACAAGCAGUUUUCUACAUCCAAAAGGAUCCAGACUCACCUGAGUAGACAGUGAU